UGGCGCCCGAGCGUAACCGUCCCAACCAACAGCCUUCGCUCGCUCCUCCUCUUCUCCCCGUCGCCGGAGCGCCAAGAAACCAAGAACCUCCUCUUCUCUGCAGCGGUCGAGCGCACGCGACCGAUGGAGCAGUUCCAUCACGGCCACCACGUGCGGCUGCGCAGCAGCGAGCUCGGCACGUACCUGCACGCCGACGAGGACGGACAUGGCGUCUCCCUCCACCACCGCCGGGCGUCGAUGAAGGCGGCUUGGGCGGUGCACGUGUACCAGCCCCCAGAGGCGUUUGUGCCGUACCUGCUCCUCCACAGCGCCGCCUACGGUCGCUACCUCGCCGCCACGGACGAGCCGGCGCCGCAGGGCCACCACGGGCGCCGCGUCGAGCAGCGCAACUACGACCAUCCGGAGGUGGAUGCACAAGGAAUGAUUUGGCUGGCCGUCCUGACGGCAUCCGGAGACAAAGUCUUCCUCCGCAACUUCAACGGCGGCUGCCUCCGCGCCAACGGGAGGUACCGCCCCUGGAACAACGGCGCCAGUGUCGACGACGUCGACGUCAACGACAUCGGCAACCUCAGCACGAUGAUGCACUGGGUCGUGGAGGACAUCCCCGCCAGGGAGAUCAUGCCUCUCCUUCCACGCCCGGCUUGGCUUACCCUCCCCGCCGUCAUAUCGCCGUCGCGGGUGAUCGUGUACGUGUGGCUGGACGCCGACGGGACCGUCCUCAGCGAAGGCUCGUUCUCGUUCAGUGGGAGGUCCGUGUUCCGCCUGAGGAGCGAGCUGGCCAGGUGGCUCGCCGACAACGGCAUCGCAAUCGUGGACGCCCCCGACCUCGUCAUGUGCCUCCCCACCCGUGAUGGCCGCAUUUUCCCACUCGUCGUCGACCUGCCCCGCAGCCUCCAGCCCCUCCACAUCAUCGUCGUCAUCGUCGGGACGCCUGCCCACGAGGCGCUGCGGUAUGCGGAUGUCGAUGCAUAGGAGAGAGAUACCAGUGUCAGGACACCUAGAAGUCUCCUUCAUGUCCACCUCGUCGGAAGUGUUGCCGCCUUGGACGCCACGGCAUUAGAACUCAGUUCCUUUCGUUGAGAUAUGGGUUCAGGAAAACCCAGCAGUUCAUGUGUUCCUGCUAGUUAAUUGGUUUCUUCUCCUGACAGUAGGACACAUAUCUGCUUUGCCAUCUCGGUUCUAAAAUUCUGAAAGUGUUUGAACAAUGGUGCGGUGACAUUAAUCUGUAAUGCGUUGACAUUGGCCA